AUGUUAUCCAGGCCAACGACAUCGAGUGCGAAUAGCUCGCGCGCGCGCCAUGCGUUGCGUGUGCGGGUCUCUCGCCUUGCGAGGUGGCACUCAUCCGGCGGCGCAGCGGGCUUGAUUGCACCACGACAGCAGCAAAAAAUCCCCUCAUCGCGAUCGAUCUCCGUUCAGUCGUGUCCCCAAAGAUACUUUGGCUAUGCCGAUUCAAGCAAAUCAACGCAAUGGAUCUCUGGCCAAAGAUACUCUUCCACUGCCAAGUCGGCAGAAUCCCCGACGCCCGAUCCCCAACAGCCUAGCGCGUUCGACGAUAUCAAUGCGCUGAUCGAGCGCAUUGCCGAAAAUGAAGAGGCAAUGGUGCAAACUAUGGACGAGUUGGACUUAAUUGGGGGCCUUGAUAGUUACGAAGAUCCCCUGUCCGAGUUGAUGAGCACUCGAGACGAACAUACGGUGGACACUUGGGUGACUAUGGUACGAAAGCAGUUCGGCGAUACCGUGCCAGAGGGAGUCUUGAACGAAGAGGAGAUGCAGCUAUACACCAGUCUUUAUGGAGAGCCGAUCAUUGAAGAGUUCUUCGAAGAGGAAGAAAUCAUUGAAGAAGAAGAGAACGAGAAUGAUGCACUGCUUCGCGAGGAUGGAGAAGGAGGCUGGGAGGAAGUUGAAUAUAAAGAGGAUGUGGAGGCUGAAGACGAUACCCCCGUAGUCUACGAUAUGGAUAAUGCACCCGAGGAAGAGGAGACAGUUGCCAUGCAGCGAACCCGAGAAGUAGCUGAGCAGCUGGGUGGCGAGGUCAUGCUAGAGCAAUUUGAGAACGAGGCUGUCCCAGACUCUGCUCCGAGGACGCAUCCCUUAACCCAGCUCGGAAAAUCCCAGACUGAUCCAAGCACAAUCCAUCUGCCCAAGAGCUCUGUCACCGGUCCCAUCUCCGUCAUCCUCUCUGAGUUCGCCAACAAGCAUAUUGCAGAGACUUCUCAUCGUUUGUUUGGUGGGCCAGGCUUACCUCACUCCACUACAACUGCCCCUCCACGCGCACAGUUACCCCAACUUCCAAUUCCUCUUCAUGCGGGUCAAAACAACAUGGGAACCAUGGAGGCUAAUGCCUACCUUGCAGUCCUGUAUCCGGGAAUCUAUGCAUCGACUCUCAGCGUUUUAGUCGAAGUACGGAAACGCCUGGGAACAGAAUGGAUUCGCAACCUUAUGUCUCAAGAAGGUGGCCCGAAUGUUCUUGAUGCUAGCGGUGGUGGUGCCGGAAUAUUGGCUUGGCGAGAUGUUCUCCGUGCAGAAUACCAGACCAUGGUUCCCGAUCAUCCGGAGGACGCACCUAUCCCGUACGGUCGUUCUACGGUGUUAACCGGCUCAGAUGCACUCCGUCUACGUGCAAGCGCGAUGCUCGAAAAUACCACUUUCUUACCUCGGCUACCUGAUUACCUCCAUAUUCGUGACAAACCAACAUUAGACGAUAGUCGCAAGGCCCCGAAGCGCAAACAAUACGAUGUCAUUAUUGCGCCCCAUUCCCUCCUUCGAAUCGAAGAAGACUACGAGCGCAAAGAGUAUGUGCAGAACUUAUGGGCACUUCUCAACCCCAAUGGCGGUGUCCUCAUCCUUCUAGAGAAGGGACGUCAGAAGGGAUUCGAAGCUAUUGCUGGUGCGCGUGAGAUGCUUCUUAAGCGUUACAUUGCCAGCCCUGACUCGACAGAAUACAACAACUUUCUCGAAUCUCCCAACCCAAACAAAACUGUCACGAAAGAGCCCGGCAUGAUCAUUGCUCCCUGCACUAAUCACUCGACCUGCCCCAUGCAUAAUUCAGCUGGGCCAACAAAGGGCCGCAAGGACUACUGUCACUUUGAGCAGCGUUACAUUCGGCCUGCAUUUUUGCAACGUAUUAUGGGAGCUAAAGAUCGCAAUCACGAGGAUCUCAAAUACAGUUACAUUGCUGUGCAGCGUGGCACGGACAUGCGCCACGAGCAAGGUAUCCAGCAGAAUGCCGAAGCUGUAGAUGCCGCUUUUGAAGGAUUCGAAGAUCUUGAAGAAUCAUCUGCUACAAAAUUCCACCCUCUUUCUCUCCCACGUGCUGUCUAUCCACCUAUGAAGCGCCGUGGGCAUGUUAUCUUUGACCUAUGUACUCCAGCUGGCAAGAUUGAACGCUGGACUGUGCCGCGUUCGUAUAGUCGACAAGCCUACCGCGACGCUCGCAAGUCAAACUGGGGUGACCUGUGGGCCCUGGGAGCCAAGACACGCAUCCCUCGCAACCUGAACCUUGGCGCAAAACAUGGCGAAGGCAAGAAGGAGCGUCUAGCCCGACGAUCAGCUACUAAGGCUGCACGCGAUGAAGAGGCACUUGAAGAACAUGAGCUUGACGAGGAGGAAGGAGAAGAGGAAGAUCUCGAGGACGAUGAAGUGCGAUCUCGUUCAGACCUCCCUGAACUUCCUGUGCGGAAGAGGGGUCAGACAAUUCCCAGCUGGAAGAAGCACAAUGAUAAGAAAAAGAUGAGGCAGGCAGUGAAGAGGCAAGUGGAUGCCGAAAAUUCGCUCUAA